CAGUGUGCCUGGCAAUCAAGUUUCCUCCCGCCUCCUAACAACCCUGCUGCCUCUGUCUCUGGUGCUGAAAUGAGCAGCCUGACCCUCCCGACCAAUCGCAGAUCUCCUAGGCAGAACAGAAGGCCUUGCGUGGGCGUGUCUUGUUCUGGUCCUGAUGCUGGCAUAGACUCCAUUGCUGUAAUAGAAGAGGUAGCAGCAUCAUCUUUUGUGAGCAAUAUAUGGGCCUGUGUGUACCGCUUCUGAAGGAUCCAUUUCUGACUGCUUGCAAAUCUGCUAAGGAUCAGGACUCAUUUAGAAGCAGAUGUUUAACUAUGCACUGGAAACCCGCCCAGCAGUAUUAAAACUACUUUUAUCCUGAAGCUUCAACUUCUUUUGGCAAAUCUUCAUGAAGUCAAAGGUCAUCAACGUGGCAGAAAAAUCCUUAUUGCAUUGUAGUAAACCUAUCAAUAAGAUACCUCACUUCCAGGGACAACCAAGUAGAACAAGAGUGGGGAGAAAAUUAGAGAGUCAGGUUUGAGGCAACAGAGCAGAAACAAAAUCUCAUGUAAACUCAUGCAAACAAGAAGUUUGUGUCUUUAGUCCAAUGCAAGUAUUUUUAGAGUGCAACAAAUUGUUCCAGGUGGCCCAAGUGAGAACAGGAAUGUAAAGUACAAUUUCCCUCUUCCAAUUUCCCCCCUUCAUCCUUCCCUUAAAACCUUUCCCUUUCUAGAUUCCUGCCUCCCUGACUCUGCAUUAUUUAUACCGCUUUACUUUUCUACUGUCUCUAUUUAUACAUAUUUCCUUUGAUUUUUUAAAAUCAAGCUGCUUUAUUUGCACACUUUUCAUGGAUUUCUUUCCCCACUAAAUUAUUAUUGUCCAAACCUUCCCUUUCUCUUUGACUUCCACCUUCUCCAUCUCCCCUUUCUUUCACCUCCCAUGUGGUCCCUUCUCUGCCUCUCUUCCCUCCUUUCCCUCCCCCUCCGCUCCUUUUCCCUCCAGUUCCAAGGGGCCCCUGGCCAGUGGGUUCGGUAUUCCCGGCCUACAUCAGCUAGUGGCAAUGGAGGUUGGGGAGAAGACCUUAAUUUUCGGCUUCGGACAAAUGCCAGCCGUGGCCUGCUUCUUUACCAAGAUGAUGAAGGGGACUGUGAUUUUCUUGAGCUAGUUUUAGAUGGAGGACGCCCACGCCUAAGGUUUUCCAUCUCUUGUUCUGAGCCUGCGGUUGUCCGCUUACCUCGAGUAGUAUCAGAUGGCCUUUGGCAUGCAAUAGUAAUUGGUGGAAAUGGCCGUGAAGGCUGGCUGUCUGUAGAUGGAGAGAGGGGAGUAGCUGAAGUACGGUCUAAACGAAAAGAAAUGCUACUUCGCAGUGAUCUUUUUGUUGGAGGUCUGCCCUCUGACCUUCGUUUAUCAGCACUGACUCUUGGAGGAGCCAAAUAUGAGCCACCUUUCCUUGGUGAACUUGAAAGUUUGAAAUUGGGAGGGAGACCAGGACAGUUGCUUGCUAGUCAUGGGGUGGGAGGAACAGAAGAGGAGGCAGAGAGGGUGGAAGAAGGGAAGAGGUUACAUUCAUGCCGAGGAGCCAACCCAUGCCUUAAUGGAGGAAGAUGCAGAGAUGAAGAGGAAGGAGAAGUGAGAUGUGACUGUCGGGACACUGGGUAUCAUGGAGAGAACUGUUCUGAAGAGGAUCGUGUGAUUGAAGUUCCAGCACAUCUGACGUUAAGCAACCAAGGGAAGGAAGAAUAUGCAGCCACCUUCAGAGGGAAUGAGUUCUUCUGUUACGACCUGUCCCACAGCCCCAUCCAGAGCAGUGCAGAUGAAAUCACACUCUCCUUCCGAACUCUUCAACGUAAUGGGCUUAUGCUUCAUACAGGGAAGUCAGCAGACUACGUUAAUCUUUCACUCAAGAGUGGCGCAGUGUGGCUGGUGAUCAACCUGGGAUCGGGGGCCUUUGAGGCUUUGGUGGAACCUGUCAAUGGCAAGUUCAAUGACAACAGCUGGCAUGACGUCAGAGUGACCAGGAACCUACGGCAGCAUGCAGGCAUCGGACAUGCUCUGGUUACCAUCUCAGUUGAUGGGAUACUAACUUCAACUGGAUACACCCAAGAGGACUACACCAUGCUGGGGAGUGAUGACUUCUUUUAUAUAGGGGGCAGUCCAAACACUGCUGACCUUCCAGGAUCCCCUGUCAGUAACAACUUUAUGGGCUGCCUUAAGGAUGUUGUCUACAAAAAUAAUGACUUCAAACUUGAACUUUCCCGUCUUGCUUCAGAGGGAGAUCCAAAAAUGAGACUCAGUGGUGACCUUGUAUUUCGCUGUGAGAAUGUUCCUUCUCUAGAUCCUGUCACAUUUCAGAAUCCUAAUUCUUUUUUACGCCUGCCACGUUGGGAAACCAAGAAGGCUGGAUCCAUAUCCUUUGACUUCAGGACAACAGAGCCCAGUGGUCUCCUGCUCUUUAGUCAGGGGAGGCCGCGUGUAGGUGGGAGUGCAUUGGGAACAGGUGCAGGAGCAGUGGGCACUGGAAGACCAGAGAGACAACCAAAGGCAGACUACUUUGCAGUGGAGCUGCUUGAAGGGACAUUAUAUCUUUUGCUUGAUCUUGGAUCUGGAGGCAUUAAGGUUAAAGCUAGUCACAAGAAAAUCAAUGAUGGAGAAUGGUGUCAUGUGGACAUUCAGAGGGAUGGCAGGAAAGGUUCUAUCUCAGUUAACAGUCGAAACACCCCAUUCCAGGUUGGGGGUGAAAGUGAAAUUCUUGACCUUGAUGGGGACAUGUAUCUGGGGGGACUGCCUGAACCUAGAGAGGACUUACAGCUUCCCCCUGAGGUCUGGACAGCAUCCCUUGGUCUGGGAUUUGUUGGUUGCAUUCGGGACCUCUUUGUUGAUGGCAAAAGCAGAGAUAUCCGACGACUGGCAGAGUUACCUGGGGCUCCUGGCCUUGCUCCUUUCUGUACUCGGGAAACACAGCGACAGUGUACUUCUUCGCCUUGUAGAAAUGGUGGGCAAUGCCGUGAGGGUUGGAACCGCUACAUCUGUGACUGUGUGGGGACAGGAUACCUUGGGGACAGCUGUGAGAGGGAAGCUGCGGUCCUAAGCUAUGAUGGAACCAUGUACCUCAAGGUCCUGCUCCCUGGUGUUUCCCAUACAGAAGCAGAGGAUGUCUCAUUGCGUUUUAUGUCCCAGAGAGCAUAUGGCCUUCUUUUGGCUACAACAUCAAAGGAGUCAGCCGACACCCUUCGACUAGAGCUCGAUGGGGGCAAAGUAAAGCUUACUGUAAACCUAGACUGUAUACGGAUAGUAUGCGGGCCCAGUAAGGGCCCAGAGACACUAUUUGCGGGCCAAAAGCUGAAUGACAAUGAAUGGCACACAGUUCGAGUCCUCCGCAGAGGGAAAUACCUACAGCUCAGCGUGGACAACGUCACUGUGGAGGGACACAUGGCUGGUGACCACACUCGAUUAGAACUUCACCAUCUUGAAACUGGUAUAAUGACCGAACGGCGCUUCGUUUCAGCUCUUCCUUCCAAUUUUUUGGGCCAUCUCACAGCCCUGCGCUAUAAUGGGGCUCCAUACCUGGACAUGUGCCAAGAUGGUGAACUACGAUGUGAGCUCAAUACACGUGCCGGUAGUCUCCGUCCGAUUCUUGCAGACCCAGUGGUCUUCCAAACGGGUCCAGCCUACCUUGCCCUUCCACAACUUCAGGCUUAUGCCUCUAUGCAUUUACUGUUCAUGUUCCGUGGACGAAAUCCAGAUGGUCUGCUUCUUUAUAAUGGGGGGCAAGGGCCCGAUUUUAUUGCUGUGGAGCUUGUUAAAGGAUACAUACAUUAUGUCUUUGACUUGGGCAAUGGACCCUCACUGAUGAAGGGCAACUCAGAACGACCAUUAAAUGAUAACCAAUGGCACAGUGUGGCAAUAUCCCGUGAUCCAGGAAAUGUCCAUACAUUAAGAAUUGAUGGAAGGACAGUCACGCAGCAUUCCACAGGAGCCAGCAAUCUAGAUUUAAAGGGUGAAUUGUAUAUUGGUGGGCUCCCAAGAAAUAUGUAUGCCACUUUACCUAAACUUGUGGCAUCUCGAGAUGGUUUCCAGGGUUGUCUUGCCUCUGUGGACCUCAAUGGCCGUCUCCCUGAACUCCUGAAUGAUGCACUCCACCGAGUAGGCCCUGUGGAGAGGGGCUGUGAUGGCCCGAGUACAACAUGCUCGGAGGAGUCUUGUGGAAACCUUGGGGUGUGUCUCCAGCAGUGGGACGGUUUCACAUGUGAUUGCACCAUGACAUCUUAUGGGGGUCCACUCUGCAAUGAUCCUGGCACCACCUACAUUUUUGGGAAAGGAGGAGCACUCAUUACCUAUACCUGGCCCCCAAAUGAUCGACCAAGUACAAGAGCUGAUCGUCUUGCAGUUGGUUUCACCACCCAACAGAAGGAUGCAGUUUUACUCCGAGUGGAUAGUGCCACUGGUCUGGGAGACUACUUACAGCUUCACAUAGACCAGGGCACAGUAGGGGUGAUUUUUAAUGUGGGCACGGAUGAUAUAACUAUCGAAGAGCCAGGGGCCCUAGUGAGCGAUGGGAAGUAUCAUGUGGUCCGAUUCACCCGUAGUGGAGGCAAUGCUACUCUGCAGGUGGACAGCUGGCCCGUCAACGAGAGAUAUCCUGCAGGGAACCCAGAUAGUGAAAGAUUGGCGCUUGCCCGUCAGCGCAUCCCCUACCGCCUGGGUCGUGUUGUAGACGAGUGGCUGCUAGACAAAGGUCGGCAGCUCACCAUUUUCAACAGCCAGGCAGAAAUCAAAGUUGGUGGGAAGGACCAAGGACGUCCAUUUCAGGGACAGAUUUCAGGCUUAUACUACAAUGGACUGAAGGUGCUGUCCCUUGCUGCUGAGAAUGACCCCAAUGUGAAGACGGAAGGAAAUCUAAGGCUGAUUGGAGAGGUUCCAUCUGUUAUGACCACUGAGACAACAGCCACCACACUUUUGGCUGACAUGUCCACCACAAUCAUGGAAACCACAACUACUAUGGCCACAACUACAACAAGAAAAGGGAGGUCCCCUACUAUGAGGGAUAGUAUAACUCAGAAUUCUGAUGACCUUCUCGUUGCCUCAGCUGAAUGUCCAAGUGAUGAUGAAGACUUGGAAGAAUGUGAGCCAAGCACAGGAGGGGAAUUAAUAUUGCCCAUAAUCACCGAGGAUUCCUUAGAUACCCCUCCCAUUGCCACCCGUUCUCCCUUUGUUCCUCCCCCACCUACUUAUCGAACUGUCCUCACUCUGGUGGACACCACCAAAGAUUCCUUGAGUGUUCCUUCAAACUCAAGGCCGCCUUGCCCUUCAGAGCAGGAGGAUAGUGAUUGCGAUGAGGCAAUAGAAGUCUCUGGUGAUUCCUCAGGGGAAGUAUCUGAAUCAAGCUUCCCACCUACAGAUGAUGAGGACUUUGAAUCCAUUUUCCCUAUGAUAACAGAAAGGACCUUAUUGUCCAGAUCAGAUGGUUCUCCUAGGAAGCCUCCUGGGUACCGGCCAAAUGUUAGGACAGGAGGUUCAACCUCCUCUCCUUAUGACCUUCUCACCUCCACCACAUCCCCAGACCUUGUUCGGAACAUCCCUGCAGGCAAAAUGAACAACAGGGAACCACCAAAACCUAAUUUAGACCAAUAUCCCUAUAUCCCUACCUCUGUGGACAAAAAAAAGCAAAGGUUUCCACCUAUAACUUCUUCCCCAAAUUUUCACAAUUUUCCUACAGCAAAUCCUACAGGCUCAGGGGAGAAAAUAUCUCCAGUGGAAGUGAUCAGGGAGUCCAGCAGCACAACAGGGAUGGUUGUGGGAAUUGUUGCAGCAGCUGCCCUCUGCAUCCUCAUUCUCCUCUACGCAAUGUAUAAGUAUAGGAACCGAGAUGAAGGAUCUUAUCAGGUGGACCAAAGUCGGAACUACAUCAGUAACUCUGCUCAGAGCAAUGGUGCAGUGGUAAAGGAAAAGACAACACCUACAACUAAAACAGCUGGUAAGAGUAAGAAAAAUAAGGACAAAGAGUAUUAUGUGUGAGAACUUAAAAUGGACCUCCAAAAUGUGGAGGUAGGGUUGAGCAGAAUCCAGCCAGCCAUUCAGUGGAGACACCAGACUGACCCCAUGCUGUGACCAAUCAUUGACUAAGCCACAGUGAUUAACCCCAGACCAAUAGUCGGCUGCCAUCUUUAACAGUCUCAGUGUUCAAACAACUGCCAGCUGUUUAAACCCAACUAAUCAGUCAUUUUGGUCAUCCAUAUGAAUGUCAACAGUGCAGCCACUCUACAAUAACAACUAUCAACUAACUGAAGAAAGAUACAUGAACAUAACCUGUGGUCAUUAUUUCACCAAUCAGUGGGAAAACACCAACCAACCACUUAACCAUGAUCUGAUCUUUUAUGGGAAAACUAAGAUAACAAAUGAUGCCUUCCAUUUUUGCACAGUCUCUUACCCGCUCUAUCCCCUUUUAAACUAAAACAAAUAUUUCUAUCAACCCCUUAUAUCUCUUACUCCUUCAAUCUUCAGGAGCAAAAAAUGUCACAAUCCCCACUGACUUACUGAGUUGGAAACGCUAAAUAAAAAAAAUAAUUAAUUAAUUAAGUCCAAGAACUUGGUUUGUGUGAAAGAGUGGUCCUAGUGGGUAAGGGGACAUAGUGUGAAAAUCUCCUAUUAGACUGAAAACCUGAAAGUAUGAUUCUUGAUGACAAAUGGUCAACUAACUAUAAUACUUUAUAAAAGUGGAGCCAUUGAGGGGAGAGGAUGAUAGUGAGAUAAAAGGAACACAGUGAGACAAAGACUCGCAAAAUAAUAUACGGAAAGAGGGCUAACUGGACUGGUCUUUGUUAAGCUCUCCCCUCCUUUAUACCCUUUUCCUUCCUCUAUGCCCUUCUAAAGAUCAAGGUUAUUUCUAUUCUGGUUUGUGUGGUGUCGUCUUGGUUUUUUGAACGCUGAGCCGUGCGUUUGACUUCUUUGUGGACUGAAACUACUGCUCCUACUCUCCUACUGAAAAAAAAUCUCUCUUAUCAUCCCAGGCUGUUUCCACACCUCUUAAUAAAAAGGACUAUUGAUAAGGGAAAUUGGGGCACUGGGGCAAAGAGUAUCAGAAUAUCAAUAAAGCAGAUGUUACGGCCUUGUAAA